CGGACAGCAGCAGACUUCGACGAGCCCCUCAGGAUAGAAGAAGACUCUCCGUGGCAAACAAAACAAACGUCAAAGGUCACAGGGGGCACGGAGCUCCACAUCGACAUGAUCAACCAGCUGAAGGAGGCUGUGGAGCUGCUGCAGGACCCCAGCAGAGUGAACACGGAGCAGGACGACCUGUCUGGAGUCCAACUCUACCCGGUGGAGAUGGUCACAGUGGAGGAGUCGCUCAAUGGUCAGGACAGCGAUGACGGCAGCACCACACCAAAGCACGGUGACAGAUCUCCGGCCGCCGGACACACAUCCUUCUCCAGUCCGCCGUUUGGACUGAAGCCCCGAUCAGCCCCGCCCUCGCUGCCCUGCUCGCCCCCUCCUUCCUGUCUCGACCCCUCCCUCCUCUCACAGGCCUCGCCCCUCCGUAGAGAUACACCGCGUAGCCAUGACGACGGAGGCACGCACAGCCGCG